UUCCAGAGCUUGUUGGACUGUGCCACCCAUCAGCCCAGCUGGUUUGGUUCCCUGGAUGUCCCUGGUGCUUAACUGCUAAGUAGCAGAUGGACAGCAGCUCUGAGGUCAAUAGCUGGUUCAAGAACGGAUCUUGGGAGCAAGAAGGAAGAGUCUCCCACUCCUCUCAAGAGGAGAAAAACAGCAACAUUUCUCUCAGCAGAAGAGGAAGCAGAGCCUGCACAAUCCACAAGAAAUUCAGCACCGCCGUACUAACUGGAAGACACAAUUGCCCUCACCACAUCCUCCUGAAACAACAGGUCUUGGAGUGGUGGUGAGGUGUUUUAAUGUGAUUGAGCUAAGCCUAUGAGGACAAGAGAGGGAAAGAAGCACCUAGCUCUCUCUUCUACACAUUUCCCCAUCUGGAAGCAGCAAGAUCCCAGCUCUGGUUUCCCCCAGAGCUUGGAAGUGAAUGAGUGAAUGAAUGAAUGAAUGCAUCCCCUCUAAAGCAAGAAAGGCAGAGUGAAUUGCGGGAAGGAAACAAGCCUGCCUCAUGCUGGGGAGCAGCUGACGCAAGGAAGACGCAAGGAAGAAGCCGCCUCAGAGGUCAGAAGCAUCCAUCUAAAGAGGCUUAUGUGCAGGGAACAACACAUUGCUUCUUGACAUUUUACUGCUGAAGGCUAAUUCUGCGCAUCUUCACUCGGAGAUCCUUGGGAAGCAUUGGAAAUUUUACACAAUUGUCCAGAAUGCUGGAGAAAACCAUGGCAAGCUUCGGCAAGAAGCUGAUCCGGCAGCGCACAGUGGACCUCAGCUCUGAUGAGACCCAGUUAGCUCGUUGCCUCUCCACCCUGGACCUGAUAGCUCUUGGUGUGGGCAGCACCCUUGGGGCUGGUGUCUACGUUUUGUCCGGGGAGGUGGCAGUGGACGACGCAGGCCCUUCCAUCGUGCUCUGCUUCUUCAUAGCAGCUGUCUCAUCAGUGUUAGCUGGUCUGUGCUACGCAGAGUUUGGAGCCCGAGUGCCCAAGGCUGGCUCUGCCUACCUCUACAGCUAUGUCACAGUUGGGGAGAUCUGGGCCUUCACCACAGGAUGGAACCUCAUUCUCUCCUAUAUGAUAGGGACAGCAAGCGUCGCUCGUGCCUGGAGCUCAACCUUUGACAACAUCAUUGGCGGCCACAUCUCUAAUUUCUUCCACAAUCAUACUGCCCUGCAUGUGGAGAAUGUGCUGGCUAAAUAUCCUGACUUCUUUGCUCUAUUUCUGGUUUUGCUGCUUACAGGUUUGCUGUCGUUUGGUGUGAGUGAAUCUGCCCUGGUGAACAAAAUCUUCACAGCUAUCAACUUACUGGUCCUGAGCUUUGUCAUCAUUGCUGGCUUUGUGAAGGGAGAUGUCAAGAACUGGACCUUAUCCAAGGAAGAUUAUCAGAACCACACAUGGAAACACGAGGCUGGAAGCAGUAUUGGGCGCUUUGGCAGUGGUGGCUUCUUUCCCUUUGGCUUCGAGGGGGUCCUCUCUGGGGCUGCCACAUGCUUCUAUGCCUUUGUUGGAUUUGACUGCAUUGCAACCACAGGUGAGGAAGCUCGUAACCCGCAGCGCGCCAUGCCCAUCGGCAUCAUUGCCUCACUCCUGAUCUGCUUUGUGGCUUACUUUGGGGUUUCUGCUUCCUUGACCUUGAUGGUGCCUUACUACUUGGUGAACAAGGAGAGCCCCCUGCCUGAUGCCUUCAAGGCUGUGGGGUGGGAGCCAGCCCGCUACGUAGUAGCUAUUGGCUCACUCUGUGCCCUCUCCACCAGCUUGCUUGGUUCCAUAUUCCCAAUGCCACGGGUGAUCUAUGCCAUGGCUGAAGAUGGACUACUCUUCAGGUUUCUGUACCGGGUCCACAGCCGAACCAAGACUCCCUUAGUGGCUACUGUUGUGUCAGGCAUCAUUUCUGGUCUAAUGGCAUUUCUCUUUGAGCUGAAGGACCUGGUUAACCUCAUGUCCAUUGGCACUCUGCUGGCGUACUCCUUGGUUGCAGUUUGUGUUCUCAUCCUCAGAUACCAGCCUGACCUGUUCGCUCCCUCCAAAGACUUGGAAAUGCUUGAGAUGAAUGGAAGCGAAGAAGAGAAGGUGGUGAUUAAUCUCUCUCUCCGUGAUGGCCAUGUGGCCCUAAAAGACAAGUUCACCUGGAGGCACCUUUUCUGCCCUUCCGGAGAUGUUCCAACUUCCAUCUCAGGGCGCAUUGUCUACAUCAGCAGCACAGUUGUCUCUCUGAUGAUCACCACUCUCUGUGGCAUCUUGGCACAACAGUCGGCAGCUCUCAUGCAAUGCAGCAUUGGCUGGGUCGUUGCCUGUGUGGUUCUCCUGGUUGUUUCACUCGUUGGCACCAUCAUCAUCUGGAGGCAGCCAGAGAGCAAGACACGCCUCACUUUCAAACUUCCAUCAAUGCAAUCUACUUGGAUGCAGUCUUCCAGUCCCUGGCCUGCCACUGCUUCCCCUCUUCAGUAUCUUGGUGAAUAUCUAUCUCAUGAUGAAGCUGGAUGCAGGUACCUGGGCCCGUUUUGCUGUCUGGAUGGCAAUAGGCUUUGCCAUCUAUUUUGGAUAUGGGAUCCGCCACAGUGUACAAGGACAAGUCACUCCACAGUCUCAGAUAGUGGCAAGCAAACCUCUCCAGCGGGCACCCUCCGACCUGAGCCAAGAUAGAGAUAUCUGAGAAGAGGAUGUGGUUCUUUCCUUGUCCCCACCUCCUACCCACCACAGGUCCCCUUGAGCUCCACCUGCCUCCUAUGCCACCCUAGGACAAGCAGAUGACAAGCUCUUGGGCAAAUGGUCUCUCCAGCAUGCUGUAGUAUAUCCAAGUCAACCGUGUCAUUCUGUAGAGCAGGAGGGGAGAGGAAGCACCAGCAGGAAGUGGGGCAGACGCAAGGGAGAGCUGAUUCUUCUGCUCUUGGGGGAAAGACAACCCUUGAGCAAAGAAGCUGCCCCUCCCUUCAUGUCUGUGUUUAUUCUCUUUGGGCCGUGUCGGCAAGAGGUUGCCUUUCUCACAUGUAGAUGUUUGUGAAAGUGUCAGCUUGUUUGCAGUCCAAAAACAUGUCUCUAGACCCUGAAGCUAUAAGUAUUUGUUGCUGUCCUGUUCAUUGUUUGUAUAACAUCAAAACAUUGAUGUUUUGUACGAUUAAAACUCCAAAGGACCAUUUUUUAAAAAAUAAAAAUGUGUUGUUUUUUU